AUGAGCAAGAGUCUUGAAAACCGUAACGCCAUUGUCACCGGUGCUUCCCGUGGUAUUGGAUCUGCUAUUGCCUACGCCCUGGCUGCGAACGGCGCCAACGUCGUCAUCACUUAUUCUGCCUCCGCCGGUAAGGCUGAGGACCUCGCUAAGAAGAUCAUUGCUGACUUCGGAGUGAAAGCGUACGCUAUCAAGUCUGAUGCCAGCCAAUACGACUCUGCCGAGAAGUUGGUUGCCGAAGUGUCGAAGCUCUUCAAGACCGUCGACAUUCUCGUCAACAACGCCGGUGUGGAUGACGAUUGUCUGAUUCAGGAUUUGGAUGCUGAAAGAUUCCACAAGCUUUUGCAGGUCAACACUGUGUACCCUGUGCUUUUGGUUAAGCACUGCAUUCCAUACUUUGGCACCAAGCCAAGAGUUAUUAACACCUCCAGUGUGUUGGCCAGACAAGUGUCUGAGUACGGCUGCACAUACUCUGCUUCGAAGGCUGCUCUGGAAUCCGUGACUAAGACCAUUGCUGUUGAAUUGGGUCAGAAGCAUUCUUUGACCUGUAACGCUCUCUCUGUCGGUACCACAGCUACCGACAUGUGGUACAAAUCCGAGCCUGCUGUUCUCGAGGCUUACGAAGCAACAAUCAAGGCCACUCCUGCUGCCUCGAGAAUCGGUGAACCAGAAGACAUUGCUGAUAUCGCCGUUUUCUUGGCUGGUGAAAGCUCUAGAUGGGUGACUGGUUCCACCAUCUGUGCCAACGGUGGUAUGCAGUUCAUCUAG